UACAUAGUGUUCCAGGAGGUGUGGCUUAAAUAGGAAGUGUGUCUUUACUGUAAUACAUUUAGAAAGAGAGGGAAAGGAAAACAAUACUAGAAAUCGUGUAAGCUGCAUAGAGAGUAGAGGGAGAAGGCGAAAGGGAGAUGACAGAUAUAGAGAAAUACUUCUAGGGGAUAGCGUUUACUACCAGUUAGUCGUAUUCCCCAGCCGGAUCUCUCUCUGUAGCGAUUAGCCUGGGGACGAGGUGACCUACCAGUAUGUGAGGGGUGGUCUACUGAGUGUGUCUGUGUUCAUCAGGACAGUACCUGUCUGUGUAGACAAGAUGGGUAUUAAUGGGCGACUGCAACGCUACCUGCUGCCAGCCUCCAUCAUGGCUCUGCUGCUCUUCCUCAGUUCUUUCUGGCUCCGUGAGUUUCCACUUUAACCAUAGGGUUUAGCUGAAACUGUUCUCCGUGUGGCUGUGUGUGUAUAAUGUGACAUACACGUGUCUCUCUCGCUUUCAGCUCAGAUUGCUAUGGGUGAUUGUGAGACCUCCUGGCACCCCUGUCUGAGUUUCAAUUUCUACCGUCCAACAGUGAGUACACACACAUGAUUUAGCCUGUAGGGAAAUGUCUUAACAGUUAGUAGUUAGUCAUUCUAUAAUUUAUAUUGUAGUGUAAAACAAAGUGAAAGAUUUGAAUACAUAAUAAAAAUAAAUAGAAAAUACACUACAAAAGUAUGUGGACAUCUGCUCGUCGAACAUCUCAUUCCAAAAUCAUGGGCAUUAAUAUGUUGGUCCCCCCUUUGCUGCUAUAACAGCCUCCACUCUUCUGGGAAGGCUUUCCACUAGAUGUUGGAACAUUGGUUCUGGGACUUGCUUCCUUUCAGCCAAGAGCAUUAGUGAGGUCGAGCACUGAUGUUGGGCGAUUAGGCCUGGCUCGCAGUCGGCGUUCCAAUUCAUCCCAAAGGUGUUCGAUGGGGUUGAGGUCAGUCAAGUUCUUUCACACCGAUCUCGACAAACCAUUUCUGUAUGGACCUCGCUUUUUGCACAGGGGCAUUGUCAUGCUGAAACAGGAAAAGGCCUUCCCCAAAUUGUUGCCACAAAUUUGGAAGCACAGAAUCGUCUAGAAUGUCAUUGUAUGCUGUAGCGUUAAGAUUUCCCUUCACUGGAACUAAGGGGCCUAGCCCGAACCAUGAAAAACAGCCCCAGACCAUUAUUCCUCCACCAAACUUUACAGUUGGCACUAUGCAUUGGGGCAGGUAGUGUUCUCCUGGCACCCGCCAAACCCAGAUUCGUACGUCCGACUGCCAGAUGGUGAAGCGUGAUUCAUCACUCCAGAUAACGCAUUUCCACUGCUUCAGAGUCCAAUGGCGGCGAGUUUACACCACUCCAGCCAACGCUUGGCAUUGCGCAUGGUGACAGACAAUGUCGUCCUCGGCGGUCCUGUUCUUUGAGCUUGUGUGGCCUACCACUUCACGGCUGAGCCGUUGUUGCUCCUGAAAGUUUCCACUUCACAAUAACAGCACUUACAGUUGACCAGGGCAGCUUUACUGCCAGGGUUUGUCUAUGGAGAUUGCAUGGCUGUGUGCUCAAUUUAUACACCUGUCAGCAACGGGUGUGGCUGAAAUAGCCGAAUCGACUAAUUUGAAGGGGUGUCCACAUACUGUUGGUCAUGUAGUGUAGAUGAUACCUCUCGCUUUGUGCAUUCAUCUUCUCCGCCUCUCUCCCUCUCUCUCUCUCCUGUUCCAGCCGGAGACCCCUGUUAUUCCUCAUCCAGGAGGGGUGCAGAGUGGGGGACAGCAUGGUGAGAGGGGUGUAGUAUUGGGUUCCGUGCCCCCUCUCCAUGUGUGUCCAGGUCAACAGUUCCAGGUGUGGCGUCUCAUGUCCCACCUAACCUCUUCCAUGGCUACGCACUCUGACGACGUUCUGCUGGAGCAUUACCUCUACAGCUGGGACGAACUCAUCAAGUAUGGCGUGUGUGUGUGUGUGUGUGAGAGUGUUUAUAAGGAGAACACCUUUUAAACUUGCCAUGAAUGAUACAGUAAGGAGUUGUUAGGUGAAGGGCUCUACAUUCAUUCCCCACUCCUCUCUCUCGCUCUCUCUCUCUAGGUUUAUGGAAUCUCUCGGCCCUCUGGUCAGUUUUUUCUCUCAGAAGGUCAAAGAUAAGAUCGCUGUCAUCAGAGAGCUGGCCCAGCAGGAGAAAGUGGACCAUGAGAAACGUAGUCCAGCAGAGGGACACUCUGGACUACAAACUCCCCCAUCUGGACUACAAGGCCCAGCGGCCUACAGAUCAGUGCGUUCCAUGGUGGAGUCGGAGCUGCAAAGGGGCUUGGUGAACUUCAAUGUACGGACGCGCUCCGGGUGCAGAAAUCUGCUGCGGCUCCACCGUUCCCUGCUCUGGAUCCUGCUGCUACUGCAAGGCCUUGGGGAGGGACCGGACGCACAGGGGGCUUACCGCACCCCUGGGGAGCUCUGCAGGUAUCCUUUAGACAGAACACAUACACACACUUGCACACACACACUCAAAAGGUUAGUUUACAAUCUCACUAAAUUAUUGAAGACCAAGUCCCACACUACCCAUAGCCUGAUGGCCAUGCCAGCUUCCCAGCAGCGUGGACACAGAUGCCUGCUCUCUCACGCACACACACACACACACACACACACACACACACUAACCUUGCCCCUGUUCCCUAGGGAUGCGUACACCGUCGCCCUGGCCCCCCAUCACCCCUGGUUGAUCCGCAGGGCGGCUGAGCUGGUGUUUGUAGCUCUGCCAGACAGAAGAGUGUUCCUGGACAUAGUUUGUGUGAGAAAAGAGGAAGAGGUUGGGCCGGUGCUCAACACGGUUCUAAACGUUAUGAGAGAGGUAUACACACGCACACAGAGCAUGCUGGAAGAACACAACAUGAUGGAGCUGCCAUAGACAGACACACACACACACGUACGCAAGCACACAUAGCCUGCACAGACUAUAAAGACACAUGAUAGAGAGACUGUAGAGACACACAGCAACUCAGUUAGUUAGGCCUACCGUAUAAGCAUGUUUACAACUGUAUAUCUAGAAAGGCCUUUAUAAUUAAGGAUAACCCUGGAAUACCUGCUCUGUGUCAGUGAAGUGAAAAGAGUGAAUAAACAUGUUAUUUAUUCA